AUGGGCAUCCUGAUGUCCAAGCUCCGCGAAAGCAACAUGCAAUUCCACUGCGUCAUCCCAGGGAAGAAAGCAAGGUCACUCGGCCAGAUAACUCUUGAUGUGGUUUUCGGUGAUUCCAAGAAUUACCGGAGAGAAAAGUUGGAUUUUGAGGUGGUAGAUUUCCAGAGUGCUUAUCACGCCAUUCUGGGCAGAACUGCGUACGCUCGCUUUAUGGCUCAACCAUGUUAUGUUUAUCUCAAAUUAAAGAUGUCUGGACCUAAAGGUGUGAUCACAGUCACGAGAAGCCGGCAAAGGGCAGAAGAAUGCCUUCAGAAAGGUUCAAAGAUUGCUGACGAACAGAUGGCAGCAGUAGAAAUUGAGGAAUAUAAUAAAAAUGCAGAUCCGAGUGAUUUGCUACGAGCCAAAAAGCCUGCCUUAGAGUCUGCGUUCAAGUCGAUUGGCGAGACAAAGCUUAUCCAUAUUCACCCGGAAGACCCAAAUGCCGCUCCGAGCAACAUCUCAACUACACUCGACGGCAAAUAG